AUGGCUACCCAGGAGAAGAAGCAGCUGAUCCUCAACGCCUUCGUCAUGAACACCCCGGGACACCUGUCCCCCGGUUUCUGGAAGCACCCGCGCAACAAGACGGAGCAGUACAAGCGCCUCCCGUUCUGGCUGGACCUGGCGCGCCUCCUCGACGAUGCCGGCUUCCACGCCAUGUUCAUAGCCGACACCCUGGGUCCGUACGACGUGUACAAGGGCCCCGCGAACGUGGUGCCGGCCCUGAGCGCGGGGGCGCAGUUCCCCGUCAACGACCCGCUGUACCUGGUUCCCUCGAUGGCGGCGGCGACCAAGAACCUCAUCUUCGGCGUGACCGCCAGCCUGACGUACGAGGCGCCCUACUCGCUCGCGCGCCGCCUCUCGACCGUCGACCACCUGAGCGAGGGCAGGGUGGCUUGGAACAUCGUCACGUCGUACCUGGACAGCGCGGCGCGCAACCACGGCCUGCAGGAGCAGAUCCCCCACGACGAGCGCUACGCCAUCGCCCACGAGUACCUUGAGGUGCUGUACAAGCUGUGGGAGGGGAGCUUCCGCGAUGACGCCGUCGUGGCCGACCGCGAGACGGGCCGGUACAUCGCCGCCGACGGCGUGCGCCAGAUCCACCACAAGGGCAAGUACUUCAACGUCCCCGGCCCGCACUUCUGCGAGCCCUCCCCCCAGAGGACGCCGCUGCUCUUCCAGGCCGGCGUCUCCGAGGCCGGCAACGCCUUCGGCGGCAAGCACGGCGAGGUCAUCUUCGUCGGCAGUCAGACCCCCGAGGACGUCCGCAAGAUCGUCGACGACCUGCGCGCCAUCGCCGCCAAGGAGGGCCGCGACCCGAACCACUUCAAGAUCGUUGUCGGCAUGGGCGUCAUCGUCGCCGAGACGGACGAGGCCGCCGAGGCCGAGAAGGAGGACCUGCUCAGGUACGUCGACGAAGAAGGCGCUCUCGCCCUGUUCGGCGGCUGGACCGGCGUCGACCUCUCCAAGUACGACGACGACCAGGACUUCUACACCAGCGACUCGCCACGCGUCCAGUCCCUCGUGCGCCGCCUGGCCAACGUCGUCGUCGGCACCAAGAACACCCCCUGGACCAAGCGCCGCAUCAUCGAGCACCUCAGCCUCGGCGGCCUGCAGACAAAGAUCAUCGGCGGCCCCAAGAAGGUCGCCGACGAGCUGGAGCGCUGGGUCGAGGUCGGUGGCGUCGACGGCUUCAACCUCGCCCACAUCACAAACCCCGGCACCUUUGAGGACAUCAUCAAGUAUCUCCUGCCCGAGCUGAGGCGGAGGGGAAUCUUCCGUGAGGCGCCGACCGCUGAGGGUGCCACGGCCCGCGAGGUCUUCAUCGGCUCCAAGAGGCUUCCUGAGGAUCACCCCGGGAGCAAAUACAAAUGGCGUGCCGGAGAGCCUGCCCCCAAGUUCCAGGAAGCUGGCGUGAGUGUCUAG